CGAAUUAUUUCUACCUGGCUUCGAUCACGACAUCUCGCCUCGUGCUCGCAUAUCCGGAUUUCGGCAGAAUCCUAACACUCUCGCGUAUAUAUAGAUGCCUGAAAAUAGGUCGAUCGUAUUUUAGCUAUCCUGUCAUUUGGCGAUAGCACACUCCGGGGCCAAAAAGAAGGGGGUCGAGCGAUGGUAAUCCCGCAAAGAGAUGCCACCAAUACUCACAGGUGAUAUUGGUCUGUCUGUUACCCCGCAAGGGGGUAACUGCGAGGAAGCCUGUCUUGCGUAACUUGAGUAGCUUAAAAGGCAGGCGGCUCAAGCAAGUGAAUUAUCCAUGAAGGAAGAAGAUACGGUCCAGACGUUCGAGGACGCGCCCGUUGUCCGGGAUGCAAGACUCGAACGAGUGUUGGUGUGCAAACUCGACAUGUGGAUGCUCCCAGCGGUGUUCCUGAUCACCAUUAUGGACUACAUCGACAGGCUCGCGAUCACGACUGCACGACUCAAGGGGCUCAAAGACGACCUAGGACUCACAGACCUAGAAUACUCAAUAAUCCUGUCUGUCCUCUACGCAACCCACUUCCCAGCUCAGAUCCCCUCCAACAUGGCACUAAACUAUAUCACACGGCCCUCACUCUACAUCGGCGGAUGCGUCGUCCUCUGGGGCCUUAUCAACGCCCUCACGGGCAUGACGCACUCCUUCCGAGGGAUCCUCGCAUGUCGACUGUUCCUCGGUAUACCAGAGGCGGCGUUCUACCCAGGGAUGAUGUACAUGCUUUCGAGGUGGUACACGAAGAAGGAAUUGGCGUUUCGGUCGGCGAUUUUAUAUUCGGGACUGCUCAUCUCGAAUGCGUUUGGUUCGAUGUCGCCCCGAGAACAGCAAUUGGCCCAAGCUUGGAUCGCAGAAGACGCCGGCGAAGCGGAUAAAGAUAAUAAAGAGGACAGCCCCCUGCACGGACUGAAGCUCGCGCUCAAGGACCCGUUGGUAUACAUGUUUGCAAUCAUGAACAUCACACAGCUGCUUGGACUGAGCUUUUCCAACUUUUUCCCGACGUUGACGGAAACACUGGGGUUCUCGACCACGGUGUCGUUGCUACUCUGUGUACCUCCGUGGGUGUUUUCUGCAAUUGUAUGUUGUUUAAAUGCAUGGCAUGCGGAUAGGACUGGAGAACGGUUCUUGCACAUUUCUGGGUGGUGGUGGGUGGUGGUCGUAGGCUUCAUCAUCGGGCUGUCGACAAUGCACACUGGAGCACGGUACGUGUCGCUGUUCCUGAUGGCGUGUGGCUAUACAGGGUCCGCGUUGACGCUGGUUUGGGUAUCAAACGUCAUCGUCCGUCCACCGGCGAAAAGGGCUGUUGCCAUGGGUAUAGUAAAUGGACUCGGAAGCUUGGGUCUCUUGUGCGCAAUCUCUUUUCUCCCGCCCCCUCCUAUCAAACUUGGUUGUAGGAUAGGAUCAUACAUAUGGAAGGCAGCCUGGGGACCCGAAUACCAUCAUUCCAUGGCCAUUUCACUUGCUGCACUUGCACUCAGCACCCUACUCUCCAUAGGCAUCAGACAGAGCCUCGUACAGAAGAACAAGAGGCUUGACAAGGAAGACACUGUAAAUAUUGAUGUGAAUCGGGUGGAAGAAGCAGCUCGACUGGAGGGGAUAACGUUCGAGCAGGCGAUGGAGAAACGAAAAGGGUUCCGUUAUUUGUAUUAGUAGCCUCGUCAUGGAUCAUCAAGCAGAGGAACAAGUCGAUGUUGAGCCUGUACCGGAGCUGCAGCAGGAAAUCACUGUACCUGCCAGAUAUACUCGGCACGAGGGAGAGAAUUGAGGCACUAAGCCGCUUUAUCGAGAAAUCAGGAGCAUUCACGAGGACAGGAGAGACACGAGUGCCAAGGGUAGCCCCAGAAUUUCAAGAGGAAGAGAGAGAAUGGUGGGAGGACGAAGAAGAGGACUCGGAGGACGAGCA